AUGGGCAAUUCAGCAACAAAGGAGCAAAGACCCUCAAAUGCCCGCGUUGCACUCUCUAGCCAUCAUCAAAAUACUCCGGAUCCUGGUUCCAUACCGUCCUCUCCAUCCCAUUCAUCCGGCUUCCAACAUCCAAUCUUCCCUGGCAGCGAGAGAAAUCCAGAAGCAGGAAAUGGGAGAUCUGACCAUUUGACCUCAACAGCGCUUCCGGAUGGCGAUAGAGAAGUAACAGGGCUGGAAUGGCGUCGAGAAACGAAACAGGAGCGGGAAGCUAGAAAGCUUCAGAAAGAGCGAUUGCUGAGGGAAAAGGAGCGUGAGAGGAGUAUGCGUGAAGACAACGUGGACGGAGGAUACUUGGUAACGCAGGGCGUAUACACUGGCACAGAGGACUACAAUAAAAUAAUCGUCCGGCAGCUCAUGAUUGAACGACGCCUGGCGCCCUUCUGGAAGGGGCUCAACGACCACCAAGAGUCAUGGACUGAAAAUCAGCUUGUCGCUGCGGCCAAAGGCCUCCCAAUACCAGCACCAGAUGAGAUACCGGCGGAAGAAGAGAGAAGAAUUACUUCCCCACCAGAAUCAACUUCCAAACAGCCCGUGAUCAACUUGGACAGUCUCACCGUGCCCAUGUCCUCGAGAUCGCAAUCCUUCAAUUCGGAAACAUCCUCAAACCAGUCCUCCUCACCGUUCCAGCCAACAUUUCCACCAGCCCCCAACUCAAGCUCUUCUAUUGGCUCUGCUUUAGCGAAAGGUCGUUCCAAAACACUAGCGACUUUGACCAGCUCUUCCAAGGUCCAACAAGCAGAGCUUAGGCCUCGAGAAAUUCGGAUGCCAAAAGAAGCGAACGUGAACGGUCAGCGCUUGGAAGCCCACCUGUACAAAGAUGUUUCGGAAUGUCCAAUAUGUUUUUUGUACUAUCCGCCGUAUUUGAACAAGACCAGGUGUUGCGAUCAAUUGAUGUGUUCGGAAUGCUUCGUUCAAAUAAAGCGUGCGGAUCCUCACCCACCAGAGCACACAGACCCAAAUAUUCCGCCCCCUCCCGACUCAGAAGUAGUACAAGACGGGGAUUUAGUGUGUGAAGCAGCGACCUGUCCCUUCUGUAAAGUGCCAGAAUUUGGUAUCACCUACGAGCCCCCACCAUUUCGACGAGGUCUUGCAUAUACCAGUCAUACAUCUGCUCAAGCACUACACCGUAAUGCGUCAGGGAUGUCUUCUUCAUCUUCUCUAGCGUCGAACGUUGAAGGCGGGCCACUCAGCACAUCCAAUACUGCUAGUCGGCGAAGAAACAUAUCUGUUUCUGCAGAUUCGCCGUUGGUCAUCACUACCGAUCAGAUUCGGCCUGAUUGGGCGGAGAAGCUUGCAGCCGCUAGGGCGCAUACCGCUCGACGAUCGGCGGCAGCAACUGCCUUACAUACAGCUGCCUACCUGAUGGGUAAUCGAGGUCCAGAGUCAGACUUGAGAAGCUUUGGCCCAUUUGGGAGGCGGGGACUUCUGCGCAGAACGAGCGGCGGAGACAACCCAUCUUAUGGCACAUCCUCAUCUCAACUCGGUAUGCUAGCACUGAUGUCCGAGCGUAGCGCGAACCGAGGUGGGCCUGGUGAAGGUGGAUCCUUGAUUGGGACAGGUUCGCGAGAAAGUACGAGGCGUGGUCGAGUUGAGGAUCUGGAGGAGAUGAUGAUGAUGGAAGCCAUACGGAUGAGCCUGGCUUCAGAAGAGGAGAGACGGAGGCGAGAGGAGAAGGAGGCUAAGAAGGACACCAAGAAGAAGGAGAAGGAGGCCAAGAAGGCUGGAAAGGCCGCUGAAAAAGCUGCUAGAAAAGCCGGUCCUUAUCCUGGUAGUGCAAAUGCCAGCACCUCUGCUUUUCAGGACUCUAGUCAGAUGGCUGGAAAAGCAAAAGCCGCUUCGCAAAAUGACGAGGCAUAUGGCGACCUUUUGUCACCAACAGCGAACCCUCAGACGCAUCUGGAACGUGCUCGAGCACAGAUACAAACCGAAGGAUCCCCGCUCCCAUCUCCCGGAAUCUAUGCCGCAUUACCAUUAAGGCCAUCGCAUCUUAGAACUCAAUCCAACGUCUCAUCGUCGGCGUCAUCCGUAGAAGGAGGGUCCCCACCAGGCUCUCUCCUUCAAGAUUUACGAGAGCCAGGUUCUUCUGGAGACGUGUCGCCAGCCGCCAGUGGCAUCAACAUGCCAGGUGCAGGGCUUUCACAGGAACCUUUCCUUUCAGGCACGCCCCCAGGUGGUGGGGCCGGUAAUGAACCAAUGUUCAACUUUCGAAGCUUGGCUGCCAUGGUCGGAGAUGACGACAUUGGACAGGAGCUCAAAUCUGAAGAAGCUGGUCACGAAAUGCAAGACAAUUUAGUUGAAGGGGGAUGCUCUGACGCUGAGAUAGUAAAAUCAAACAGAAAUCACGCAUCAUUCGAACAGGAGUCAAAGCAGAAAGACGAAGCAGCAGAGACGCGUGGCUCAUUGCAUGGCACCCUUGUGAACACCAUCCCUACGUGA